GUUGAAAUAAUGGUGGGCGGGAGAAUCAGGAGAUUAGAUGCUUGCAGUCUUAAAAUAUUCUGUUACUCAGCAUGGUGACAUUGGCACCUGUUUGAGGGUGACACCCGCUCAAGGUCACCAGAUCAUCUUGCUCAGGUGACCAUGGGGAUACCGGAUGAGAUGGAAGGCCCUCCCCGCAAACGAUCUCGCCUGUCGCUGCGUGCGUUGAGAACAAAAGAUGUGCCUGAAUCUGCACAAGACAGCCACGACGUGGACUUGCUGCAGGAUUCUUCUGGCUUCACAGAGCCCACCAUGUCGUCAAUGCCACCGCAAUCGGAGGGGAAUGAAACUUCAUCUGAAGAUCUUCUUCUUGUACCUGAUUGCUCUCCUGUAUCCAAGGAAUGUUUGGUGCCCCCUGUGGCUUCUUUAUAUAACUUAGGAAACACGUGCUUCAUGAACUGCAUGCUGCAGGUGCUCCGCUACACUCCAGGCUUUGUGCCUGCACUGCGCCAGCUACAGGAGGAGAUUGUUUUGGAGGAGAUUAGGACAGCCAGCGAGUCAGCUGACCCUGAUGAUAUUUCUGAAGCCAUUGAUGUGGAGCCGAAGGCUGUGUGGCAAUUUGUGAAAAAUGCUCACCAGCUGUUUGUGGAUAUGGAAUGGACGGAGGACCAGUACACCGAUCUGGCCACAGGAGAUGGGGUCAGCAUGUCUGUGAGACCCACCGCUCUGCUCAGCAGCAUACAGUCGUUGAACCCAAUGUUUGAGGGUCACUUCCAGCAUGAUGCCCAGGAACUGCUGCGCUGUCUGCUCUGCUACGUGGAGGAUGCUGAGAGGGAGUUACGGCUUAUUCGAAGUCGGAGGAAAGAGGAGGAGGAGGAAAAGAAAAAACAGGAGAGUCGGCAGAGUGAUGGAGGUGUGGGCAAAACAGCUGACUCUGCGGCUCAGGAUGAAUCGGAGAAAGACACUCUUCGUUGCGCUAAGACGGGUGUGAGGUCCGAGCUGACUGGGAAGCCUGAAAGGUUGGAGAGUGAUGGAGAAACCUUGCGGGGAGGGGACUGCAACGAUGGCGCACGAGGGAGGGGGAGGGUGCGAGGGGGUCGGGGUCGGCCUAGGAAGGCGGGGAGUUCAUCUUCGCUCAUGGCAUCCAGUGCUUUCAUGGAGACUUUUCUCAGGUGCAAAACUUUGAAGUCUGGCGCAAGUGUAAGUGGGUUACCUGACAGCUCAUCCUGUUGUCGUGAAGGUGGCAAGGUGGAGAUGGAUGCCUGUGAUGGGGGUACUGUCGACGGACUGCAACAGAGUGAAGCUGUGAAGUCGUCGAUAUUGAAAUGUGAUGAGGUCGUCACGGCAAGUGGCGAUUUGAAAGGGGACUCGGCCCAUACCUCUGUUGAAGUAGAGAAAAAAAGAGCUACUAAAGGAUCUUGCAAAAAGCAGGAAAAAUCAGAUGCAGGGAAACGAGAGAAUUGUGAUCUUGAAGUGUCGUCUAAGUCGCGGAAAAGGAAACGGUCGAUUUCUCCAGGUUUAAAGUCAGAGAGUACAGUGGUAAGAGGGGAUGGUUCCUGUCCAACUUGUGGACUAUCUAAGAGUGGGAAGAAGGGUCGUGGUAGGAGGCGCAGCAAGGGAAAGGCCAAAACUGAAGUUUGCAGCUGUGCGAAUACCUCCGCCAUGGUCAGUGAGGGUGAUGACAAAAAUGUGCUGGACAGUGCUGGUGCUGAUCUUUCUGAAAAACUAGAGAAAUGCCCUGGUGAUGUCAGGGUAGAUGAAAACAGUAUCCCCACUGCAGAUAAAAGUGAAAGCUUUUUGCAGAAGAUUCAGAGGAAAUUUCAGUUUCCCUUCUCUUCCACAAAGGGUGAGACAUCUACCUCCAGUGGCAGCAGAGGUUUGGUAGGAACAAAGAUAGAGUCAGGUUCCUCCCAGCAGCGCAGUAUUCUCUCCAUGUUCCCUCUCGGUCAGGUCAAGAGACUUGGCAUCAGAGGAAGGGCCACAGUACGGGGCUCGGACAUUUCAAAAGGAAAUAUUGAGAGCGUUUCAUCGCAGCCUCCAUCGUUGUCGGCCGUGAAGGAAGAGCCGAACUGCGGGUCAGAGAGCAGCAUUGUGGGAGAAACGUCUAAGUGUUUGUCGUGGAAUGCGGAUAAAUCGUCAGGGCCUCCUAUUUCUAAUGCAACGAAUUGUAGUGAUUCUUCAUUUUCAACAGUGACAAAUGGAGACAGCUCUCAGUGUGAAGCUGGUAGCUCCAGGGUGUCUUCCUCCUCCUCCUCAUGUCUCAGGUCACCAAAGUUGACUCCACAGAAGAGUGACGUUGUGCUCCGGUCCUCCAUGUGCCUGACGCCAAGGUCACCAAUGAGUGUGGCACAUUGCGAUGAGAUCAGCCCCGCCCCUAGGGGCUGUGUCUCAUCCGCUGCGUCGCCCAUCAGGUCUGGGAUUUCACCACCAAGCACUCCGCGUCGUCGGAACCUCACGAAAGAAUUCCUGUCAUGUUCUCCUACUGCAAAGCGCGAGGAGCAGACUGCAUGCUACUCCACGCUAGCUACUUCACCGUUACCAGGAAGUGACAUCACUGUGCACUCUCCGAGUAAAAUGGGAGGAUUGAGAGCGGUUAAAAUGGAGUUGGCGAAGGCUAAGGUCUCAAGCAGUGAUUCUUCAUCUCUUGGGCCAUUGACAGUGUCAACAACAUUUACAACUCUUCCCACCCGUGUCUCCUGGCCGACACCCCCUACCUCAAGGUCAAGUCGCUACUGCUCCUCGGCACCCAACUCCCCUGAUCACAUGGCCACGUCCCCGCCCGUUCUGUCCUCAAGUCUGUUUGAAGAAAGACCUCAGCUGACCAGUGCUGUCCAUCAUAAAUCUGGGAAGGCCUCUCAAGGCAGUCUGAAGCUGGAGGUUCGAAAAUGUGACUGGUUGGGGGUCAGUCCUGUCAAGUCAAUCAGCGCUCAGCGUGCUUUGGCGGUCAUGAGAUCAGAGUCGCCAAAGAACCUCAAAACCAGACCUCUCAAAUGUUCUGCUGUUCGUAAGAUUUGCUAUGACGAACCUAUUCUGCCUUCUGAAACAAAUCAGAAAGGGAAACUUACUGAUGAGUGCAAAGAGGUCGGUGGUAGCAUGCUGAGUGGCCAGAAGUCAGGGAAGUUCAAAACCCUCUCAAAGUCUGUCGAGAAACUGAAUCAAUCAGGCGCCGUUGUGGCUGUUCCCGAGGCUGUGGACUGCCCCUCCUCUGCAAGCGCUGAACCCUCUGCCGUCCCUACUCUCAAAACCCGCCGCAACAAAAAUCCAAAGAAAUGUCACAGCGGCAGCAGUACGGAUAAAAAGUCCUCUAAGUUGUCCAGUGUGUCUGUUUCUCUACAAAGAUGUGAUUGGCUUCUGUCUGAUGCUAAGAGGGAGACGGCGAGCAUGAAGAUGUUGCUGAGGGGUAACAAGUGCAAAUUGUCACAGGGGAACUCGGGAUCUGAGUUAUCUGAGUCGAAAGCCAGUCCAAACAGGAGUUGCGGAAACCAAAUACAGUCAAAGAAUGAUCUGUUGUCGUCAUCAUCAUCAUUGUUGUCGUCAUCCGUGACAGUCGCGGAACAGCUGUUUGCCGGCUCCAUGGUCCACUGUACGCGAUGUUUGGACUGUGAGAACACCAGCGACAGGCAGGAGGCCUUCAUGGACAUCAGUGUACCGGUUAGGGGAGACAACCCAGGUGAUGAUGACAGCGAUGACGAAGACAAUGGAGGGAAGACAGAAAAUGAAAACUCGUCGACGUCCGUGUCAUGUUUGUCACGGCUAGUCCAAGCUUUCUCCAGCGUGGAGCGACUGCGGGACAGCAACAAGUACUGGUGUGAGACUUGCGCCCACUACACAGAGGCAGAGCGCUCUAGCCGCUACACCACCCUGCCCGCUGUGCUCACCCUGCAGCUCAAGAGGUUCAGCGCAAACUCAGGCCUGUUUGGGGGCGUGUCCAAACUGAAUGACCGAGUGGGCAUCCCGCAGAUCUUGCCCUGUCUCCACCAUAACUGCCAGGAGAACUGCUCUCAGCCAGCCCAUCAAUAUUCUCUGUUUGCCGUAGUGACCCACUCAGGACUGAGCAUUCUGCAUGGUCACUACCGUGCCUAUGUACGCGUGCAGCCCGGUGUUAGUCCUCGUGUUCUCCGUGGCCUACACAGGGCGACGGUCAAGGAGGAAAGUGAAACAAAGGAUGUGUUCAGCGAGGAGAAAGUUGAAACCCAUCGUUUUUCACGUGAGAAGAUUUCACAACAUGCAGACUGGCUGUGUAGUCAAAAUGAUAGCGUUUCAUUGGUAGUUGAAGAUGACUCGAGUCAGUCCAAUCGUCGACGCAGUCUUACUAAAUCAUCGGGUGAUGAUGAUGAUGGCUCGCUGAGUGGGGGGGACAUGUCGUGUUUGUGGCUUGAGUGUGAUGACGAAUGUGUGCGGGUGUUGGAGGAGGAUGAGUUUGAGUCUCGGUUGAACGAGACAGACGGUGCUCUUAUGGGAACGCCAUAUGUCUUAUUCUACCAUAAACUUGUCACUGUUUGAUGGCUGUAUGUGUGUCUGGAUUGGAUUUUUGAUAAGUGUAAAUCUUGUUUGAACCCGUUAGAAGACACACAGAAGGGUUUACAGCACUUGUUUUGUUUUACUGUAAACUUUUCAGUGUUUUAACCCUAUGAUGAUCUAAAUUGUGUCAGUGAGGGUGUAAAAAACACCUACAUUUUUUAAAAUGUAACCGUUUAAACCCCAAGUCUACUGAAGUGCAUUUUCCUGUACUCCUCUGUGUCAACUACUGGAUUCACUUCCAACAGGCGGACGAUUGGAGGGCGACUUUCCCUCUCUUGUUUCUGUCUGUUCAUCUUACUCUUUCCCAGCACUAAAUGACCAUUAUUGUGUCGAUAUGCUUCUCUUUACGCAAAUGAACAAACUUCCACCAGCUCAUGCUGAGGUGUCAUUCAGCGGGUGAGAGGGGAAAGAGCUAUAUAUGUUGAACACCCUUGAAGGUCUUGAGUAUGUAAAGGCUUGUCAUUUGUGAGUCUUUCCUGUCUUUUUUCACCGUCUGGGGGUCGUGGUGAGUCGUCACAAUGGCUGAUAUUCUACUCAUUUCCCCCUCUUCAGCUCUUGAUUCUGAUGUGAUGUGAUUCAUAAGUUUUUGCUGUCCUCCUUUUCUAUUAAUGCGGUACCGGUGUCUUUAGUUUUAGUAAGUGUUCAACGGCACGUUCAGCGCGCAAGUACCGUUGGGUCUGGUCUAAUGGUUAAACUUUUGGCUGCUGCAAGCAGAUUAUGUGAGUUCGAUUCCCGAGUGGGGAAGUUAUUUUAUCCAGUGUCUCCGACUGUCUGUCGGGAUGCUGUGUCCUACUGAGCUGGGGUUGGACCUGACAGGGGGGGUUGAAGUAUCCUGCCUCAUGAAUGAUCUUAACCCUUUCACUGCUGGGCUUGCUUCACAAUUGUAUCAAAGAGUUGAAAACAAUCUCGGGCCAGGCUUUAAGGGGUUAAUUGGUGCUUGUCAACCUUCUUAUAGGCAGUACCCACUUUUGCCACCUUUAAAAGAGGCAAAAAUUUUCCUACCACCCACCAUCAUGUAUUUCCAAUCCGGCCAUUAAAUACUACCUGUCAUUGCCAGGGUGAUCCCCAGUUUGGACUAAAAUGACCAAAUUGCCCACUAGUGGGUUCUACCGCCCUGGUUAACAAGCACUGAUCUAAAUCAUGGCAAUGUGGGUGUAGAACAUUUACUGUCAAUCAAAACUGCUGUUUAUCAAAUAAAAGUCCUUAUUUAAGAUUUUUAUUUGAUGUUUUAUAACCGCUUAUUGUGAUUCCCAAGAUGCUCAAAGGAGUAAAAGCGUGUAGCUGUUGAUCGAUGUUUCACAUGUUCUUGUUGAAAUAAUUUUGAUGAUGUUUUGUGCUUAGGUCUACAUAAGCGAGUCUCAGAGCGAGAAAUACUUCUUGCGUCGAUGAACAUGAGCUGUUCAUUUGACAGGAUGCGCGUCAGUGGAUUUUCUAUGUUUCUACAUUUUUGCCGUUGACCCAUGACACUCACAACAGUGAAAUUUUACUGAACUUGUUGUAAACGCGUUUUUGAAAAUAAAAUCCAGUAAGAAUCCAAGUUUUCUUUUCCAACUAAAUUCUCCUUUGUUUUACUAUCAGUGAUAGAUACUGACCCACUUUUUUCUUUGUCUGUGCACUGGGGUCAGUUUCUUUAUACCAGGGUCUGUCUUUGUUGUCCAAAUACUAGUUUACCAGAGACCCCUUGAGCAUCAGCAGGGGUUGGACAGAUUUUUGUUUCGACAGAAAAUUGCAUGGUUUAUUUAGAAUCAUCCAAAUUGUGCUUUACCCGGUUACACUGAAGACUUAUUAUUUAUACUGUGGAGUCCGCUUAAACUGAACAUGAUUAAUAUCUGAUAACAGCUGUAUACCGAAAGAAAACAGGAUGGCCGUUUUUUUUCUUCUAAGAAAACUAUCAAUUAGCUGAAAUGCUCCUAUUUCUAAACUGAAUAGAAUUUUGAGGAGUAUGUCUUCUAAAUCUUCAACAGCAACUCCCCAAGUAACGCAGAUCAUCAAGUCUUAUGCAUUUCAAGAUAUUAAAAAGUAAGAGACACAAGAGCGCUUGUGUGUUGAUUGCAGACCAAAGAGAGACAUCGCCAGGGUACUGUUUGCCUGUGCUUUUCAUCACACAUAUUAACAGCGAAUGUACCUGUAUAGGCCUUGUAAGAUCUUUGAUAAGUCGGGGCCUAUUGCGAUUAUGAAGCUAGUUCAUGCUCACCUAACACAUGAACAUAUAAUAGCACGUGGUGUGUUUUACGACAUCACCAGCUUUGGGAUUUUCCACUUCAUACAUCUCUAGCCUAGUGCCGAGAACUACUCUGUACAGAGUGCUGAUCUACUCUUGUCUGUUCUGUGUGACUGUUCUGCAGAUUAAGCCAGCUGAAAAUGGCGGAUCAGAAAGCACAUUUAGUACAGUCUGCAGCUCAAAUUGCAGUCGCUGAAAAAGUAGAUGUGAAAAACACUUCCAUAAAGUGAAGUUUGCUGCAAGCAUGGCACUCCCAUCUCUGCACUGUUGACAAUCAUCGGUAUUUGAGCAAUCUCUCUAAACUGAAAACCCGGCAAAAAUGAAGAAACUCCGGUGAUCCUGCAGAUUUUAGUCUUAAGCGGACUCCAUUGUACUUAUAAACAAAAUUUAUAUUUCGUAAAGUUGGCAUUAUCCAAGACAGUCACCCAUUGUCGAGGAGAAAAGUGGUUGUCUGAAACAGGUGGAUGUCUUGGACAAUGUCAUUAUAAUAUAUUAAAAAAAAACAUUGGGGAAAUGGGAAUUGGUUGUUUGUACAGGUGAUUGUCUUGAACAGGUGGCCAUAAGAGCAGCUUUGACGGUAUCCUUCUUUUUGGCAGCGUAUUAUUUUUUUUUUUAACAUAUCAAGUUAGUUUGAUAACAUUUCUACUGUUUACUUGUAAGUUCUUGAGUUUCAGACUUGCUAAUCUAGAGUUAUGAUAUCAUGGUCCACAGUGUUACGUGCGAUUAUGUUACAUGACGUUUGUUUUUGGUGAACAAGAUGGCUUUUUCGAGAAGACAGAAGAUUGCUUCGUUGUUGCAGUUGUGGCAAAGAAGUAGAAAGAGAUUUAGAAGCAUGUCUGUGCACCCAAUCAAUUUGAGAAUAUUAUCUCGCAGUGAAUAUCAUCACUCAGUGCCCCAACUGUGAGAGGACUUUGAAAGAUUUGAAAACUAUUUCAGACUGAAUUAUUGGAGCAGUGUUUUGAAGACAAUCAUGUCCCUAUUACAAAGAUUCAUGUCACUUUUGUCGAAGAUUGGCUGUCAUGCUUGAACCGCAACAGUCAGACCCUCAUUAUUUAAGAAGGCAGCCAUGAUCUCCAUCUCUAAGAACAGUUGUUAGAAGUGGACAGUCUAUCUUGAUCUAGAAUUUACUAGUAAAUAAUGAUUUUUAAAAAUGAAACAGGCGCUUUCUCACGACAUCAGUUUUGUUGUUUUUGGUUAUUUUUUAAGCGUCAGGUUUCCAGUCUUUUUUUUGUCCUGUACUUUGUAGCUUCUUCCUUUUAAAGAAUUUAAUUAUUUCUCUGACAAUAAAAAAACUCUUUGAAUUUGCAUAUUUGUGAGAUUUCAUGGACGGAUAUUAGAUUUUGAUACACUGAUUUUAAAAAUGGCUUUGAAAAUGCUCUAUGAUGUACAUUUUGAUUCAUGUAUGAUAAAAAAAUUUUAAUGGGACCCGGCCUGCCAGUUUUUUUUAUAAGAUCGUCUUCAAAGACGCCACAUUGGCUCAUCUGAUGUCACUCAUCCUCACACUUUCAAGGCAGAAAAAAAUUAAGCAAGCAAUUUUUUCAACAUGUCCGUGAGCCCUGCAAGGACAGUUCCAUCAUCAUCAAUGCUAUCUGCUAUGCCUUCUCUUAUAUAUUGUUAUAUUUAUAUAGUACCAAUAGCAGUCAACUCUGCCGUUUUAUGACUAAAACGUACAUAUGCUAACUUUUUUUGUGUGUUUCAACUUAACUAAAAUUUAGUCGGAUCUGAUUAUUUUAUGUCAGUAUUCAUUGGCCAGUGUAACUUUUGUCUGAUUUGCUGAGGCAUACUGUAAAUAGUUAAGGAGUAAUUGAUUAAAAUUUCUUUUGUCAUAACAAUAUCGAUAUCUAAUUUGGUCACAAUGCAUAUUUUCAAAAGCCCAAAGCUUCCUUAAUUUUAAUUGUACAGCCAUAAAACCAAGAUAUAAAGACGCACCAUGAAAAGUGGUUUCUCCCCUGCAUAAAGAUGCUACUUGACCUAAUUGCCCAUACGUUUUUUGUCAUAAAAUGGCAGAACUCAUGUUUUAUUUUAGGUAUGGCAAAAGUGCAUUGCGACUAUCUUCCACUAUAUUUGAGCCCUUACUUAUAGUGAGGUGUAAGAGACUAGCAAUGCCCAGCUCUAGGUCAGAGAGCUUCUAAUGUCUGUGAUGCUGCUUGGAAAAGUGGAUGCCAAUUUUGGUUUUGCUAACACUUUUGGAAGGUUCUCGAUUUGAGAAGCAGUUGUCCCUGAUGGCACCAUUUCUCUAUUUUCUGCUCUGUAGGAUUUUUUCUUUUCUCAGAUUUCAUGUUAGCAAGUUUUUAAACUCUUCUAAGCCCAGAAAGCAACUUUUUUUCAGGAGAGUGAAAAAAUUGUUCAAUUUUUAAAAAACUUGUAGGCCUACCUCUAUAUUGUGUAUCUUUUCUGGCUUUUAUCAACGUGUAGAAAUUUAAUUUCAAGAAAUAUUUCAUAAUUAAGCACAUGUAACUGGUAUCACUGAUUGAGAACACUGCAAUUUUUAAAAAAAAUGUUUUUUUAUAUUUUGUCGAUGAUUCUUUAGUCACUCCUGGUUGUUUUUUUUAAUGUUUCUAAUAUUUUGCAAAAUUGUUGGGUGCUACAAAAGUUAAAGAGUCUGUUUAUAGUCAUGUAUGCCUGUAAAGCCUGAUUCGACUUUAAAGUAAAUUGCGUGCCCGGCCUGUUCUUUUCAGAUAACCAUUUGAAUACACAAAGUGUUGUAGCCAGCAAGCUAUAUAUGGCUAGCCAUGUGAUUCAACCACCUAAGUGACCAAAUUUUGGAAAAUCACUUUUUGAUCCCAUUUGAUACACUUUAUGUUAAAAUCCCGAGUUUGAAAGGUUACUGCAAAGUGUUUCAAUCCUUCAGUUAAUCAAUCGCCUAUAUCACACCAGUCCCCAAUUUCAGCGUGAUUCAACCGCCCAAGUGCCAGUUUUGCAGCCUGGUGGCGAAUGGGCAGUUAAAUCGAACCCUAUUGAUAUCCAGAAUAUUUUGUCAAGGCAGUUUGCGUAAUCUAUCACUAGGUUUGGUAGUGUAGUUGAGAAAGGGCAAGAUAGCAUCAAAGAAUAUUAUGUUGAUACUGACUCGACCAAGUUGAUAAAUUGUGGCAAAAACUACUGUCAAAUGAUUUUUUAAUAAGUCUAUGAUUAACAGCUAAUGGGCGCUUAAUUCACAUUUGGUACAACUAUUGGAAAAUGUGUGCUCAUGGAUAAUUUUGAAUGUUUUUU